AUUAUGCUGUCAUGAAUACUGCAAAUUUAGUUGCAAAACGAAUUUCCAAAAAGAAUUGUUUUAUUUCAUGAUAUUCAUGUUAUGUUGGCAACACUAAUUUUAUCAAUUCAUAAAGUAUGAUGUUAUUAAAAUGCACGUGCCUGUAUAUUGACCUAAUACUUCAAUAAAAAUUUCAUUUCUAUUCCAGUGUGAAUAAACAAUUAAUGUGUUUUAUAAAACACUUAUGAAGACAAUAAAUUAUGCUACCUAGGAGACUAUAAAUUGUGUUUAAGAAAAUUUAUGUCAUUUUCCUAUAUACUGAAAAAUACAAAUUAUACAUUUCUAUAAUUUAUGGGAAUUGAUUUAAACAUUGUAAUAUAAACAUUGCAGUAUCAUAAGCUGUAAUAUUUCACAACUUGUUUAACAAACACGAAUAGACAGGUUCUUAUUUUUGAUUCUGUAAGAAUAACUAAGAAUUUAUAAGAGAAACUUCAUAUAAUAUUUGUUGCAGACUUUCAGUUAUAAAAUAUCUGGGACAGUAUGUCUUUUCCAAGUAAAGAGGAUCGUUCAAAAUGUUGGAAUCAUAGGGAUGAAUAUUGGAAAUGUCUUGAUGAUGGUAAAUCUGACACAGAAUGUAAAAAAUUUAGGGAUCAGUAUGAGAAAUUCUGCCCUGCACUAUGGGUAAAACACUUUGAUCGUAAACGAGAGUACAUGAAAUUCAAAGAACAACUAGAACAAGGGGGGACAUGUAGCCUUGAUGGUAGUAAAACAGAAACAUCUAAAACAUCUGCUGAAACUACCGCAAAAGCAGUGUUUAAUUUUCAAACAACAAGUACAAGUUCAUAUAACUAGGGAACAAGAAACAUAAAUGUUGAAGUAAAAUAUAAAGAAUACAAUAUAAUUAUUAUAUUAACAUUUGUGUUGUUGAAUUUUAAUAACAAAAUGUGUGUGGAAAAUCAGGAAUUGAAUCAUUUAAUCAGAGAGCUACAAACAUGUUCAGACAAUAGUGUUAUUCUCAGAGUUA